AGAAAAUAAGAAAAAUGUGCGGCGGCUGUUGUUGUCUUCUCAUUUUCCAAAGCAGGCAGCAUCCAACCAUCUACAAACCGUUCCGUUUCUCUUGCGAGUCUUCUUCUUCUUCACUCCCUAAUUACGUCACUUCCAAGAACACCCAAUUCUACUAUUUCUUCUUCUUCUUCUUCUUCUUCUUGUUCACAUUUAUCUGAUCUCCUUCACCGACCUGCUUCUACUGUAGAUGGAUGUGAAACGAACCCAGAGUCCCAUUUAUGGUCGCCAAUGGAGCAGCGAAUCAGGUAGCACUGGUGGUCCCGCAUCGCCGGCAAUGUCGCCCGCGCGCGGUCACCACUCUCGAUCCUCCUCCGUAUCUGGAAUUUCCAACAUUAAGCGCACACAGAACUUUGCUGCAAAAGCUGCAGCUCAGCGCCUAGCGCAGGUCAUGGCUUCUCAGACCGCCGACGACGACGACGAUGACGAUCAGGAUGAUUUGGGAUUUCGUUAUAGUGCUCCUCCUCCUAUUUCCUUGUAUAGGAACGUUAAUAAUGGUAGUAGACUUGCUGUUCCUUCUGCGAAAACCACUAGAUCUCCUUCCCCUGGGUUAGCCCGAAACUUUUUAGAGGACACUCCAUCAGUGCGUUCCACUUCCACGGGAAGGUCAUCAGUAUCUCACCAUUCACUGCCAGUAGCUCCACCUAAAACAACACUGAGGACGGCAACUUCUAUGCCACCUCUAGAUCCGCCUACUCAAAGAGAUAAAAGAUUCUCAUCAGAUACGGUGCGUUUUAGUACUAAAGAUUCAGGAAAUCAGCGAGAAGCAUCUGCCCUUCGCGAUGAACUUGAUAUUUUACAAGAGGAGAAUGAGAACAUUCUUGAGAAGCUCAGGCUUGAGGAAGAGAGAUGUAAAGACGCAGAAACAAGAGUUAGGGAACUAGAGAAGCAGGUUGCUGCUCUGGGAGAAGGUGUUUCUUUAGAAGCUAAACUUUUGAGCAGGAAGGAAGCUGCAUUACGUCAGAGAGAGGCUGCACUUAAAGAAGCAAAACAAUCAAAGGGCGGGGGGGACAAGGAAAUUGAAUCCCUCAAAUCUGAAGUUAAGAAAGCAAAAGAAGAGACUACGAGUGUUGUUCAACAACUUCAUGGAGUUGAACAUGAUGUGAAAGCCCUUCGAUCUAUGACGCAAAGAAUGAUUUUGACUCAGAAAGAGAUGGAAGAAGUUGUUCUUAAAAGGUGUUGGCUUGCUCGCUACUGGGGCCUGGCUGCAAAAUAUGGCAUUUGUAUGGAUAUUGCUGUGACCAAGUACGAACACUGGUCAUCUUUAGCACCACUGCCAUUUGAAAUUGUUAUUUCCGCGGGGCAAAAGGCUAAGGAGGAAUUUUCUCAAAAAGGAGACCUGGAUCCUGAGAGCAGGAGCAAUCUUGUUCCUGACAUAAGCGAUCUCACAGGAGAAGGAAAUAUUGAAAGCAUGCUAUCUGUUGAAAUGGGAUUGAAAGAACUUGCUUCCUUGAAGGUGGAGGAGGCUAUUGUGCUUGCUCUGGCCCAACUGAGGCGUCCAAAUUCUGCGCGACAAUCUCUCUCAGAUGUGAAAUCGCCAGUUGAUCCCAAAUUCAUGGAGGCAUUUGAAUUGAGCCCAGAGGAAUCUGAAGACGUUCUUUUCAAAGAGGCAUGGCUUACAUAUUUUUGGAGAAGAGCCAAAGCUCAUGGUAUUGAAGAGGAUAUUGCAAAAGAACGACUUCAAUUCUGGAUUAGUCGCAGUGCUCACUCUCCUUCAUCACACGAUGCUGUUGAUGUCGAACAAGGCCUCGUAGAGCUCAGGAAGUUGGGAAUUGAGCGUAGAAUGUGGGAAGCAUCACGCAAAGAGAGCGCUUGAACUCGAGACAUAGUCUUAGGUAAUAUGGCGCUCCAAUUCCAACACCACUGGCCAAAAGUUUGGUACCUUCAUUUUCCUAUAAUGGCCAUGGGGGGGGGGGGGGUAGCUUUCCGGGAGGGAUGUCCUUCAAUCAUGUUCUAUAUAUGUGGAUUCUAUAUAUGUUGAUGUACCUUCUUUCUCCUAAUAUAUACAAACCACUUGGUGGUGUUUUUACAAGCUAAA